AUGUACGAUCUACUCCGUAUUUCUCAAUCUACCUUCAACCCGCCAGUGCUCUUCCUUGCGAACAGUGAACAUGGCCAGACAAACAUCAUCCUCGCGCUAACGCAUGAGUUGCUCAUCCGAGGCGAUAUCGACGUGCAUAUCGGGUCUUUCCCCAAUCUGGAACCGCGUCUCGAGAAGCUACUAGAUAACAAUAUUUCCAGCUAUGAUGUAUCCUACCGUUCGCGCAUCCACUUUCACCCCAUUCGUGGCCCUUCCAAUAGUGAGGCCUUCGCUCGCACAGGCAAACGAUCUGUAUGCCAUCCGCCUGGCUACAAAGGUGCAUUGCUGGGCUUCAAAUCGCUCUUUGAGGAGCUCUGGGCGUGGAAUGAGGAGGAUUAUAUGCAGGUCUAUAAUAGCUGCCUGGAUAUCAUCCACGACGCUGGUCCAUCGACGGCAAUCGUGGAUUGGUUCUUUCCGCAGGGACGAGAUGCUGCGUACAACGCCGGUCAUGCAGCCAUUGUUUUGUAUACCACAUCUCUAUCUCAUGUGGUGUAUGGACUACAGCCUAACUCCGCAUGGGCUUGGAAGUUUCCAAUGCCAGGAACCGAUUUUCCCUACCCACUUCCCUGGCACCGCAUCCCGGCCAACGCAAUGGCUGUCAUCAAAGCCGCUAAAAUGUACCGCAGCAGCAAGCGGCAACGGGAGAUUCGCGAUUGGAGAAUAAGGCACCAUAUCCAGGGCCGAUUUGCAUUUGCUGAUGCGUGGCGGCCUGAUAGAUUCCAUCUAGCACCGGGGUUGAAGGAGCUUGACUGGCCAUUCGAGGUGCCGGAGAAUGUUCUCCCAUGUGGACCCAUCCUUUUGCCAGUGACUUCUGCAAAGACACAAGAUCCAGAGCUCGAUCGGUGGUUGCACCAUGCGCCUACUGUUCUUGUUAACCUAGGGACUCUGUGUACACCGGAACCGCGUGACGCAAUGAAUAUUGGGUCGGCAUUGAAGACGCUUUUGGAUUCGUGGGCGGGUGAUUCUCAACUUCAAGUGCUAUGGAAGCUGCCAAAGCAUUCUCUGGAUUGUGAUCAUGUUUACGAAGAGGUACUAGAGCUGCUUCAUGUGGAGAUCGAAGCAGAUAGGGUCCGCAUCCGGUCCUGGCUUGACGUAGAGCCUUUAGCUAUGCUUCAGACUGGUCAGAUCAUCUGUACUGUGCAUCAUGGAGGUGCCAAUUCUUGGUACGAGGCUAUACAGAAUGGAGUACCUCAUGUCGUCCUCCCCGGCUGGCAAGACUGUUAUGAAAAUGCAGUCCGCACUGAAGCGUUCGGCAUCGGCGUCUACGCAAACAAAUCAUCUGCACCGGGCGUGAAUGCCCGUGAGCUAGCUGAUGCGCUUCUGAAGGUGGUCGGCAAUCCAUCUUACCAGGCCAAGGCAGCAGAGCUGUCUGUAUUGUGUCGCAAACGGGAAGGCCGUGUCGUAGGAGCAGAGAAGAUCUCCGAGCUAGCUUACAAUCCAGCAAAGAUGGCCCUGCCUAUCCCAGGCGUCAAUGACAUCGAUCUCCCUCCCAAGGGCAAAAUCCAAAGUAUCAAGAACGCAUCUGGGGGCAUCCUCGAAACCAUCCGGCUGCCCCAAACCGACAAGAAAAUCCCAGGUGCUGCCUACCUACAACGCAUCCUCGAAUUCUUCAUAGUCGCCAUAUCCACCAACACCACCUGGGCCCUCCCCAUCCUAGGCUAUGCUCUCCUCAUAAUCCCUCGCUUUCGACUCCCCAUCCUCAUCUACCUUAUCUAUAUCAAGUUCUUCGGCAAAGCACACAAGUCCGGCUCCUCCUGGCUCCGCAACGACACCUUCCGGAACAGCUCACUUUGGACCUUGUUCGCCUCCUAUUUUCCAAUCCGCCUCUACAGAAGCUGUCCCCUCUCCCCACGCCGCAAGUACAUCUUCGGCUACCACCCCCACGGCGUUGCCGUCCGCGGCGCAGUCGGCUCCUUCGCCUCCAACGGCACCGGCUUCUCCUCCCUCUUCCCCGGGAUCACAAACACCCUCCUCAUCACCGACAAGAUCCUCUACGCCCCAUUAGCCCGCGAAUACGUCCUCUCCAUCGGUAUCAGCGGAGUCAAUCGCACCUCCUGCGUAAACCACCUAACCCGCUUCGGUCACGACGGCCAAGGCCAAGGCCGCUCCAUCACCAUCUGCCUCGGCGGAGCCAGAGAAGCCCGGCUCGUGAAACCCAAAACAAUGGACCUCGUCCUCAACAUCCGUCGCGGCUUCAUCCGCGUCGCCAUCCAAACAGGCGCCGAUCUCGUCCCUGUCCUCGCCUUCGGAGAAAACGAUCUCUUCGAUAUCGUAGACGCAAACACAAAAGACAGGCCCUGGGCAGGGAUGAUUCCGCGCAUGUGGAAAGCCCUCACGGGACAUAACCUCCGGAUGAUUAAGGGGAGAUUCGGCUUGACCAUCCCGUUUCGCAAAGCAGUGCAUGUUGUAGUCGGGAGACCGAUUCGGGUCAAGGAGUCCAGAUGGAAGCAGGACGAGGCGUAUGUGGAAGAGUUGCAUGGGUUAUAUGUUAAGGAGUUGAGACGGUUGUGGGAGGAUUGGAGGGGAGUGUUUGGGGUGGAGAAGGAGGUGAGGUUUGAGAUUGUUGAGUAA